UUAACGGUCAGUGUAUACUAGUGUUUUCAUUUUGUUAGAACAUGUGCAGAUUUGUUUCUUAAAUCCUAUACAAACAACUUUCCAAUUAUAUUACUACGUUUCUUGUUUGAAAUAAUCACGAAGAUAUGUACGGGUGUUGCAUUGAAGCAGUCGUUCGAUGGGAAGAAUGCGUGUGGAGGGCGGUGAUUGGUUGACUGAAGAUCAGUACGAAAGAUCCGCAAGACCGUUACUUUGCGGAUGCCGGAUGGAGUAUGGAUUGCUGUGCUGGGUGCGUCCUUCAAUCGCAGUGUCAGUCUACUUACAGCCUCGCGAGGAGCAGGACUACGGCACCAGUAACUUCGUCGGUGCUACGUAUUUUGUCGACCCGCAAGAUCAUUACUUUGCGGAUGCCGGAUGGAGUAUGGAUUGCUGUGCUGGGUGCGUCCUUCAAUCGCAGUGUCAGUCUACUUACAGCCUCGCGAGGAGCAGGACUACGGCACCAGUAACUUCGUCGGUGCUACGUAUUUUGUCGAUGCAGCGUUUUUUUUUUCUCUAA